UUUAGGUCACAGCUCUAGCCAGCUGUUCGCGCAUCUGUGUGUGGGUGCGGAUUUAUUCAUAGCCAACGGAAAAUCAGUCAGUUUCGGGGCACACGAUACAUAAUUUUACAUAAGUUUUACAUAGAUCGAGCUCGGAGUCCGAUCGGAACCACCCCCGGGCCCCCCACUCCGGAUAUCGAGAGGAAAAAAGCAGAGUGCUGCCCCCUGGUGUGCGAGGUGUGCGUUUGUGUGUGUGGGUCCCCGUGUACGUGUGCGUGUGUGAAUGAAAAAGCAGCAACUGUGAAAAUAUAACCAAAAAUAAGUCCGAGGUGCACAGUUGCAGGCGGGGAUUAGCAGUCCUCCCAGAUAACCGCAGGAGCCAGGAGGAGCAGCAGGUGCCGCGUGAGACUGAGACCCAACGCUUUUCAGGAUGGCGGAUGCCCAGGCAGCGGCGGUCGGAAAGAAAAAGUACAAGAACAAGAAGAACUCGGCGGAGAAGAGUCCCAAUCCGAAUACAAAUCCCAGUCCGAGUCCAGAUCAGGAUCAUGAUCAGGAGGCACCCACCAGCAAUGGGUAUGUGCGGCAGGAGGAGGAGGAUGCGGCGGCGGCGGCGGAGGAUCUCAGGGGCUUGCUCAAGCAGCUGCACCUUUGCAAUGGCCAUGGCGCCAAGGAGCAGGCUCCCUCGCCACCUCCGGUGGAGGUGCUCAACGGCCAUGCCCAUGGCCACAGCAACAACAAUCACAUACAGGCCACUAGUGGCGGCAGCAACAACAACAACAGCAGCCACCACAACAACAGCAGCGUGGACAGCAGCAACAACAACCGCAGGCAGCGGAGAGACGGGGAUGUAGAAGGAGUAGGUGGAGGAGGACCAGAUGCCCUCCAUCCAGAGGAGAAGCCUGUGACAGCCACAAGCAAAUGCACUGCCAACACACAAACAACCACAGCGACGGCCACAAAAUCAACAGUAUCGGAAGAGGCGGUAGUGUUGCAAAGGGAAGCGCCAGUGGCGACGGGGAGUGGCAAUGGACGGCAGGAGGCCGAGGAGGAGGAGCCGCUGCCCUCCACCUUGGACGAGUCCACGACCACCAUCACAGCAGAGUGCCAGCUGCCAGAACCUGCCAUUUCAGCCAUUUCAGCCGACGAGAUCGUGUACAAGGAGUACGAGGCUGAGCACCAAAUGCAUGACAUCAUGCGACUGAUCCAGGCGGAGCUGUCCGAGCCCUACUCGAUAUACACGUACCGCUACUUCAUCUACAACUGGCCAAAACUCUGCUUCCUCGCCUCGCACGACAAUCAGUACGUGGGCGCCAUUGUGUGCAAGCUGGACAUGCACAUGAACGUGCGGCGCGGCUACAUCGCCAUGCUGGCCGUGCGCAAGGAGUAUCGCAAGCUCAAGAUCGGCACCACACUGGUCACCAAGGCCAUAGAGGCAAUGCUGGCUGACAAUGCCGACGAGGUGGUGCUGGAGACGGAGAUGCGGAACCAGCCGGCCUUGCGGCUUUACGAGAACCUGGGCUUCGUGCGUGAUAAGCGGCUGUUCCGAUACUAUCUCAAUGGAGUGGACGCGCUGCGGCUGAAGCUCUGGUUCAGAUGAGUGGACCCGGCGGCUGCCGUUGAAAUUGUUGUCUAAGUAGCCGCCGAAGAAGUCGAGAUCCGCUCGUCCUGCCUGGCCUGCCACCUGGCAGCUUGAAUCGGCGCCCUCUUUUUUGUACCUAUUUAACUAGGAAGCAUCGUAGCAUCAGUUUACACCCCCGCCUCCCACUCACCCCGCCCCUCGUCUCUCUUUCAUUUGUAAAUUAUUUUUUAUUAUGUAGCAGCAGCGGCAGCAAAAGCAACAUCUGCAGAUCGCGUUUAGCAAAAGCAGAGCAGCACACAACGGACCCAAAAUUUGAUUAUUUUUACAGAAGGCAAUUUUGUAUGCAAUACGUGAUUUUACAUGCAUAAAAUUAUACAUUAAAUUCUUAGGCGAGCAAUUAGUUAUGUACAUUAAACAAUCUACACAAAUCAAUCUAGAGAAUAGACAACAACAACAUGGAGCAGCAGCGCAGCACACACUCAUUUACCGAACUAUAAACAUAGAAUCAAAUUUUGUAAAAAGAUUGAUCAAAAGCAAGCAAAAUCGUACGGAAACACACGAGUAAUGUAUAUCAAAAUAAACACACACAAUCGGAACAAAGAGCUAGGAACAGAACCGGAAACGGAAACAGAAACACUUGCGCAACACAUAAUGCAAAUUGUAGCGUUAUAUACAUGUACACACCUGCAUGGAAUGGACAGAGAUUGCCAUCCGUGCGGAUGAAACGACUCGCCAUCUGGUCUUCUAUAACUUCUAACUCUGUUCUCUCCAGUGUUAACGCCUGGGAUCAGGAUCAGAACACAGGAACAGAUACACGUAGCGAUAAGGAUGAGGAUGUGAUCAAUCCCGAGUAACAUUGAAAGAAUGCAAUAAAAUCUUAAACAAAUACGAAA